CUGAGCUUUCAAACAGGCUUUCCACGGCGCCAGAGUCAUGGACACGCAAAAGUCUGUAGAGCACAGCCAAUCGCACCGGCACUUUGCUUUUUGUGCAGCUGCCGAGCGCUGCUUGCUCGAGCGCUGCCAGCCUCAGGAAACGACAGGCAUUUCGAAAAGCGGGGAAAAAAAGGCCACAGUAGUUCCCGCAUUGGUCGAUACUCGCGAAGAUACUACGGCUCCUCUGCACCGCCUGACACGGACGGUGGUUAGGCGCGGGAAGAGAUGCUCGAGGAAGGAUUGCCGAACUGAAGAUCAUGAAAUCCGGGCUGAAUGCUUGAAUCUUGCCGCCGUAGCGCUAUAUCGGGACACGACCAAAUAGCCGCCUGCCGAGCCACACGUCCUUGCAUAUCCGUAUCCGAUGACGUUGGAAAGCGCGCCUUAGCCCAAAGGUGUAGGCCGCAACCCAUGCACACUCACGAUGAAGAAGCAGAACACUGCCCAGAGAAGCACGUUCAAGCUGGAAGAAAUCGCACCAGUAAUCGGGCAGCCAAGGCAAAGUCUCUGCCCCCGUCCAGCCGAUAUACGCACGGAGAUCAACCAAAAAGGUUGGCAAAGGGGAAACCAAGCCAACUUGUCCAAACUAGCCGCACAAC